UCCAAUCUAUACUAACUGUAUUAUCCCUUAUCGUGGUUGCAAUCCUUCGUUGAAUCUGUUGUCAAUUCAUUAACUACCUGCGUUAAAAUGCCGUUAGAAAAUUUAGAAGAGGAAGGAUUGGAAAAAAAUCCCAAUUUAGAAUUGGCGCAAAUAAAAUUCUUAUUAAGUCUUCCGGAACACCAUGAAGAUCCCUAUUUGAAAACUAAACUACUCGAUGCCAUUAAAGCAGAAAAUAUGGCACCAUUUUACGAAGAAGUUUGUCGAGAUCUGGGUUGGAUAGUCGACGAAACGCUUUUGGCCAAUAUGAGAGCUCGCAAUGCGGAGCAAUUAAAAGAGUUAGAUGGAGCGAUUGAGGACGCUGAAAAGAAUUUAGGAGAAAUGGAAGUACGCGAAGCUAAUCUUAAAAAAUCCGAACAUCUUUGUCGAAUUGGGGACAAAGAAGGAGCGAUAACAGCUUUUAGAAAAACUUAUGAUAAAACUGUGUCUUUGGGUCAUAGACUAGAUAUCGUAUUUCAUAAUAUUAGAAUUGGUUUGUUUUAUUUGGAUCACGAUCAUAUAACAAGGAAUAUAGAAAAAGCAAAAAGUUUAAUCGAAGAAGGAGGUGAUUGGGAUAGGCGAAAUCGCUUGAAAGUAUAUCAAGGAACUUAUUGUAUAGCAGUACGCGAUUUUAAAGAAGCAGCAAAUUUCUUUUUGGACACGAUAAGUACUUUCACAAGUUAUGAACUUAUGGAUUACAAUACGUUUGUAAGAUACACUGUUUAUUUAAGUAUGAUAAGUUUGCCAAGGAAUGAAUUGCGCGAUAAGAUCAUUAAAGGGUCAGAAAUUUUAGAAGUAUUGCAUAGUAAUUCUGACGUUAAGGAUUAUCUGUUUUCCUUAUAUAAUUGUCACUAUGCUGAAUUCUUCAAGAAUCUUGCGCAAGUGGAAGGAUUACUAAGAAGAGAUUAUUUGGUAUUUCCACAUUACAGAUAUUAUGUUAGAGAAAUGCGCAUUCUUGCAUAUACGCAAUUAUUAGAGUCUUAUCGUUCUUUAACGCUACAUUAUAUGGCAGAAGCAUUUGGAGUUACUGUAGAAUAUAUAGAUCAGGAACUAUCCCGAUUUAUUGCAGCUGGUAGAUUGCAUUGUAAAGUUGAUCGCGUUGGCGGAGUAGUAGAAACUAAUCGUCCAGAUAGUAAAAACUGGCAGUACCAAGCAAUGGUAAAGCAAGGAGACUUGCUUCUUAAUAGAGUACAAAAAUUGUCACGGGUUAUCAAUAUAUGAAUCAACAUUCGAUUUAAAUCAAUUUAUUUGUGUCAAAUAUGUAUCAUACAUUUUUCACAUAUUAUGUAACUUUUUUUUUCUUUAUCAUCUAAUAAGUUUGUUAUAUUAAUGUAUUUUUAUCUUAUAUUA